AUGUCUGGAUACUUUAACCACUUGUCUUCAAGUGCACAUUUUCCUAAUUUUCAAGUAGAUCAGGGUCUCAUAAGCGACACCGGUAGCGCAGCCAACGAUCGUAGUGGUGGCAGCAUGAUCGAUUUUGCCAUACAACUGAACGAACUGAGCCUGGAAGAGAAAAUACUCAAGGAGUUCACGCUGUUUCAAAGCAAGAAUAUGGACCUAUUGCAAGAUACGUCGUCGACGAGAAGUCCGAAUGCUACUUCUUCUCUAAGACAGAGCCGGAUUCAAGGCUGGUGA